CUUCACACACCCAUGUACUUUUUGCUCAGCCAGUUGUCCAUCAUGGAUACUGUCUACAUUUGUAUCACUGUUCCAAAGAUGCUCCAAGACCUCCUGUCCACAGAAAAAACCAUUUCCUUUCUGGGAUGUGCACUGCAAAUAUUUCUCUACCUGACACUGAUUGGGGGAGAGUUUUUCCUGUUGGGCCUCAUGGCUUAUGAUAGGUUUGUGGCUGUGUGCAACCCUCUACGGUACCCCAUAAUCAUGAGUCAGAGGGUAUGUUUGCUUAUGGUGCUGGUUUCUUGGGCUGGUGGGUCUUUGGAUGGAUUCAUGCUGACACCUGUCACUAUGAGCUUUCCCUACUGUGGAUCUCGAGAGAUCAACCACUUUUUCUGUGAGAUCCCAGCUGUGCUGAAGCUAUCCUGCACAGACACAUCGCUCUAUGAAACCUUGAUGUAUGCAUGCUGUGUGCUGAUGCUGCUCAUCCCAAUAUCCUUCAUCUCAGUCUCCUAUACACGCAUCCUCAUCACUGUCUACCAUAUGAGCUCUGCUGAGGGCCGGCGUAAAGCCUUCACCACAUGUUCCUCCCACAUUAUAGUAGUGAGCAUUUUUUAUGGGGCAGCCUUCUAUACCAAUGCACUGCCCCAUUCCUACCACACACCUGAGAAAGAUAAGGUUGUGUCAGCCUUCUACACCAUUCUCACUCCCAUGUUGAACCCACUCAUUUACAGCUUGAGGAAUAGAGAUGUGGCUGCAGCUCUAAGGAAAGUCCUAA